AUGACAGCCAUUUUCAGUAUCUUCAAGAUCCUAAGUCGCAUGGACUAUGUUUUUAUCAUAAUCACUGUAUCAUCUGUUAUUUUCUGGUAUCUCUUUCUUUACAAACGUCGGUCUCCACCAUUACCCCCGGGACCUUGGGGUUUUCCCAUAGUCGGAAACCUCCCAUUUCUUCAACGUGAGCUUCACACCUACUUCCAAGGGCUGGCUAAAAAGCAUGGUCCCAUUUUCAAACUCCGGCUCGGCGCCAAGCUAGCAAUCGUGGUCACCUCCCCUGAGGUGGCACAAGAGAUUCUCAAAACCAAUGACGUCAUCUUCGCAAACCGCAAUGUCCCUGCAGUGGCUCUGGUCAACUCCUACGGUGGCAACGAUAUCGCAUGGUCACCUUAUGGACCAAAGUGGCGGAUGCUGAGGAAGCUAUGCAUUCAUAAGAUCUUUAGCAACGCCACGUUGGAUUCAUCCACUGACCUACGUCGCCGAGAAACCAGGCGAAUAGUCGAGUAUUUGGCUGGCCAGGCUCGGGCCGGGUCGUCGGUUAACUUGGGAGAACAGAUAUUCUUGAUGAUUUGGAAUGUUGUGACGCAGAUGCUGUGGGGCACGACGGUUAAAGGAGAAGAUAGGGAGAUUUUUGGAGCUGAGUUCUUGGAACCGUUUAUGGAAAUGAAUGAUCUCUUGCUGAAGCCCAAUGUUUCCGACUUUUUUCCGGUGUUGAGCCGGUUCGAUCUUCAAGGUUUGGUUAAGCGUAUGGGAGUACCGGCUCAGAAGAUGGAUCAGAUGUUUGACCGGAUUAUUAAUCAACGGUUGGGGAUGGAUAGGAAGAGUGAUGGGAACGGUGAGGAUUUUUUGGAUGUCUUGUUGAAAGUCAAAGAUGAAGAAGAUGAAAGUAUGCCUUUGACCAUGAAUGAUGUCAAGGCGUUGCUCACGAACAUGGUGUUGGGUGGUACAGACACAUCGUUGCAUGUUAUAGAAUUCGCGAUGGCUGAGAUAUUGAACAAGCCGGAUAUCAUGAAGAGAGCUCAACAAGAGCUUGACGAAGUUGUAGGCAAAGGCAAAGUAGUGGAAGAAUCUCACAUUCCAAAACUUGCGUACGUUCUCGCCAUUAUGAAAGAAACACUAAGGCUUCAUCCUAUUGGUCCACUCCUUGCUCCUCAUCGCCCAUCAAAAACAACCGUGGUGGGUGGCUUUACCGUCCCUAAAGAUUCAACGAUUUUCGUCAAUGUGUGGGCGAUCCAUAGGAACCCAAAUGUAUGGAAGAAUCCGUUGGAGUUUGAUCCCAACAGGUUUCUUGAUAAGUCUUAUGACUUCAACGGAAACGACUUCAGUUACUUCCCAUUUGGAUCUGGCCGUAGAAUAUGUGUGGGGAUGGCCAUGGGUGAGAGGGUUGUUCUUUACAUUCUUGCUACGCUUUUGCAUUCUUUUGAUUGGAAACUUCCUCAAGGAGAAAGAGUGGAGGUGGAGGAGAAGUUUGGGAUCGUGUUGAAGCUGAAGAAUCCACUUGUUGCUAUCCCCGUGCUAAGGUUGUCUGAUCCAAAUCUUUAUCUGUGA